AUGACGACUUCGGAGCACGUCUUUGACCACCCACGGGAAAUUGUUACAGCAGCUGCAAUGCAGAAAUACCCCAACCCUAUGAACCCAAGGGUGGCUGAAGUUUUGGGCAGACAUAUAGAUCCUUCUGGGAAGUUGCACAGCCAUAGGCUUAGCACUGUGUGGGGACUGCCUUCCAUUGCGAAAUCUCUUUCACUUACAAAUAUGAUUUCAGUAAAUGAAACAUUUAUAUACAAAUCACAUCCUCAGGGCCCAGAGAAAACUGUUUUGACUCAAGGAACCAUUAUCACUAUGAAAGGAGUCAGUCUCAGUAGUUACCUCGAAGGACUGCGGGCAAGCGCGAUAUUUUCCAGUGCUAAUAAAGGCCGAGAAGCAAUGGAAUGGGUAACACAUAAGCUAAAUGCUGAGACUGAAGGAUUGACGGUGUCGGCAAGAGGGAGCAUACGGACACCGAUGUCGGCGGCAGCAUUUGUAGGGAAAUGA